UGUCUCUCCUGGUUAUAACUCGCCGCUGAUCUCUCUCUCUCUCUCUCUGUGACAAUUAAAAUAGUAAGUGAUAGUGAUGUUGCUCAGCCCCGGAGUCACUUUCACAUCCCUCCGUGAACACAAAAUCAGAAAUUUCAGACAUGCAUCCGGCAGUAGGGAUUCUAAAGAUGGAUUCCCUGAAAGAUCAAUGCCCAGAUGCUGCCUUGACGUUUCAUUGAAAGCAGAAGGGUCAAUGGCAGGGAUUAAGGAAAUGUUCGGGAGAAAGAUUAAUUUGUCAGUGUCUGCAUAUGACACAGCUUGGGUGGCAAUGGUGCCUUCUCGGGACACCCCAAAAGUGCCCUGUUUCCCUGAAUGUUUGGAUUGGAUCAUGGAAAAUCAGCACCAAGAUGGUUCAUGGGGUUUGCUUCCUGGACAUCCAUUACUGGUAAAAGACAAACUUUCUUGCACAAUUGCAUGCGUGAUUGCUCUCAGAAAGUGGAGAGUUGGAAAGCAAUCGGUACAAAGAGGCCUCAACUUUAUUGGGUCACACGGUUGGGCUGCAACAGAUACGGAUCAGCUGUGUCCAAUUGGAUUUGGUAUUCUGUUUCCUGCCAUGAUCAAGGAAGCAAUAGAACUAGGCUUGGAUGUGCCCCUAGAUCCAGUUUUGGUAGAUCAUAUGACUAUAAACCAAACUUCAGUCCUUGAGAGUUUUAUUGGUAAAGAGGCAAUUUUGGCAUCUGUUGCUGAAGGGGUUGGAGAAUCAUGUUUCUGGGAAGCGGUUAAGAACCAGAAAAGGAGUAAUGGGUCGUUGGUCAAUUCACCAUCCACUACUGCUGCUGCUUUGCUUUACCAUCAUGAUAAACAAUCCUACGAGUACUUGUGCUUAGUCUUGAAAGAAUAUAGUAGUGGAGUUCCUGUAGCACAUCCCACAGAACUUUAUGCUCGUCUCUGCAUGGUUGAUGCACUUCAACGUUUAGGAGUACAGAGAUAUUUCAGGCAUGAGAUGGAAAGUGUUUUAAAAGAUGCAGACAGGCAUUGGCAGCUGAAGUCUGAAGAGAUAUUUUUGGACAUCACCUGCUGUGCUUUGGGAUUUCGACUUCUGCGGACACAUGGUUACGAAGUUUCAUCAGAUGAGUUAGCAAGACUUGUUGAUCAACAUAAAUUCUCUGAGGCAUCAGGCAUGCAAUUUAUGAGUUUAGUUUCCAUUCUUGAGCUUCAUAAGGCCUCCUGCCUGAUGAUGCAUGAGAGUGAAGUUGCUCUUGAACAAAUACACACCUUGACAACCUCUUAUCUGACGCAACAAUUGUCCAAUGAGGGUAUUCUUGAUGAAACAUUAAGUAAGGAGGUGGAGUAUGCACUCAAGAAUGAAAAUGGCACACUAGACCGCAUACAAAGUAGGCAAAGCAUACAUCUCUACAGAGAAGAUAAAUUUGACAUUCUCAAAACAUCUUAUAGGUACCCAAACUUAUAUAGUAAAGAUUUGCUUACCUUCUCAUUAUAUGAUUUCAACUACUGUCAAGCCCACCACAAAGCAGAACUUCGACAGCUUGAGAGAUGGUACAAGGGAAACAGACUAGAUCAAUUGAAGGAUACCAGACAAGUUCUACAUACUGCUUAUUUCCUUAUUACAGCUGAUGUUUUCAACCCAGAACUCACAGAAGCUCGAGCUGCAUAUGCUGAAAACAUCAUAUUAGGAACUAUCGUGGAUGAUUUAUUUGAUAAUUUUGCUCCCAGAGAGGAAUUACUCAAUAUCAUCGACUUGGUGAAGAAGUGGGAUGAACCCUCAGCUGGUGAUUACUACUCCAACCGAGUGGAAAUCUUUUACUCGGCACUUUAUAAGACAUUAAAUGAAAUUGGAGCAAAAGUUGUGAUGCAGCAAGGUCGAUGCAUCAAGAAUCAUCUAGUUAGUACGUGGCUAAAAAUGCUGGAGGGUAUGAUGAGUGAGCUAGAUUGGUGGGAAGAUGGGGUAACACCCACAAUAGAUGAAUAUUUAGCAGCUGCAUGUGAAACUAUCAAUGCCAGGGUCUGUAUUCUUCCAACAAUAUUUCUGCUUGGGAUAAAGUUGCCAGAUGACAUAAUAGACGGUAAAGAAUACAGUAGUCUACUCCAGCAUGUCAGUAUUGUCGCUAGACUUCUUAAUGAUCUUCAAACCUACAAGAAGGAACUUAUAGAAAGCAAACCAAACUGCAUUCAACAGCUUCUACUUAAAGAUAAUGGGGUCAUUAGCGAGGAAGAGGCUUUAACAAAGACGAAGGAAAUGAUAGAGACUAGUCGAAGAAAGCUGCUACAGAUGGUUCUUCAAACCAAGGGAAGCUCAAUUCCUAGAGUAUGCAAGGAUGUCUUCUGGACAACAAGCAAGAUUGCUCAUUUUCUAUACUCUUUUAGGGAUGAGUUCAGCUCCCCCAAGGAAAUGAUUAAUCAUAUAAAUCAAGUAAUUUACGAGCCUCUUAUUCUUCCCCAGAACAUGGGCUAAACGAGAAAAUGGGUAGUGAAAAACCUUUUACAAAAUAUUGAAGGGAAUAUGUUUUCUGUUGUCAAACCAGUACUGGACUGCAUAAAACUUCCGUUGUGUAAUCAGAGAAUAGUCACAAGAUGCAAGACUUGAUACUCAGGAAUAAAAUCAAUAAGCCUUUUAUUGAUUUGUUGGAUCUUUAA